GUGUGUGUGCGCUCCCUGGUUAUAUAAGCCACCAUCACAAGGGUAAAACUCUGGAGAGGAGCACAAGUGUCGAUCCUAGAAAGGGAUAGAAGAGACAAACGACUGCACUUGAUUUCACUUGGCUGUCCUGCCUUCUCUGUAUGAGCUGUAAUCAUGGCCAGAAACCUUCUGAAGAAUCCCAGUGGUGAAGAACAGCUGGAAUUCUGGGAGCUGACGGAGAACGGUGGAAACCAGUGGAUGGUGGAAGACAUGCCAGGAGACUGUGGCCACGACUUCUGCAGUGAUGGAGUGACCAAGUACUUUGCGACCUCAUUUGAGCUGUGUCUGAAGAGGCAGGUGAUUGACUUGAUGGCAGAAGGUUACUCCAGUGAGCAGCUUGACGCUCAGCCUGUCGUCAACGUGGAAGACUGGUACUGUGGGAGGACAGACUGCGGCUGCACCUACCAAAUGACCGUGUCUCUGCUGGAUGAGAAUCACGAGGUCAUGCAGGAGUUUAAACCUGAGCCGGUGAUUCUCGACCCCGACAGUGACGACUGCUCGUGGAGACAGAUCAGCAAUUCAUUUUCUGAGUAUGGCCCCGGACUGCGCCACAUCUCCUUUGAACAUGGAGGACAAGACGCCAAGUUCUGGAACGGCUGGUUUGGAGUGCGGGUCACUGGGAGCUCUGUUACUGUUGAAGUCUAAUUGGAAAGAAAAACAAGAGAGGGAGGAGAAGGGAAAUAAAGAAAACGCAGAAA